ACUUUUGGUUUCAGUAUGACACAUACUCUUAACACCAUUUGGUUACUGUUUCAGAUUUUGUAGCUUUCUCCAAAGUUUUGACCUUUCGUCUACAAAACUAUAUUCAUGACGUUUACAUAGUUAAAGAGUGAGUUUUUAAGAGAUGGUGAGUCGCGUCAUUUCUCAACGGUUCAGGUUCCUUAGGUGCAAAGUUUGUAUAUUAAUCACUCAAAGAGCCAAAUCUUGGGACAGAGUUCGUGGGAUUUUCAAAAGGUUUAACUUUUCCCCAUCUGGUAAACGAAGAAGACAAGUUUAUUGGAGAGACACUAAACCUGUUCGACGAAAUGCCUCUAAGAGUUUUUGUACUGUGAGAAUGUAGAAGAGACGCGUGACUUUGUGUUUACGUUUGGCUUGUAGUAUAAAAAGCGGCUACGUCAGCUCAAACGUCUUUGUAUAAAAGACUACUUAGUACAUAUAGAAAGUCUCUCUCUUUCUCUUUCUCUCUCUCUCCCUGAAACGAGAAGAUGAAGAUCAGAGAUUCGUGUUUGUACUGUAGGUCGUCUCUCUUUUGGAGGAUCACUGUGUAAUUCCCUCUUUUAUUUAAUGAAAAGGUAUGAGUUAAAAAAAAAAAAAAAAAAAAAAAAAAAAAAAAAAAAAGAUCAGAGAUUCGAUUGAAGAUACAAACGAAGCAGAAGAAAGUGAUACGUGUAUGAAGAAGAAGAUGAGUCCUGAAUCUUCGAUCUUUUCAACUAUUCUUACUGAUAUUGAAGAGAAUCCAACGAUAUUGCAGAAACAGAGUAAUUUGAGCGGUGAAUUUUCAGUCUUUUCAACAAUUAUCACUGUUGGUGAUGAAGAGAAUCCAACGAUACCGCAGAAGAAGUUGAAGAAGAGCCGAAGAAGAGGAUCAAUGAAGAAGACCCCAAUUGACUUCUCUUGUACGGUAUCACAAAACCUAACUCAUUCAGAUUUAGUCGGCAUUCUUAAUGAAGAACUAAAGAUUCUGAGAUCUGAAAUAGAGAUCAAAGGUCAAAAAAGUGAUCAAUUUGUGUCUUGUGAUUCUGAUCACGUUAGAGAAGAAUGUGAUUUUGUGGAAGAGGGGAAAGUGGAACAACGUGAAGAAGUUAAGUUUCUUGCGGAUGAGGUUAUAGAAUGGCUCUUAAGAGAUGAGAUAGUAGAAUCCGAAAUCUCUACUGAUGCUGAAGAUUCGGUGUGCAAAGUAGAUGGUAACAUUCUUGGGACUUUUGAUGGGAUGUUGUCAACUAUGCUUGGAGAUGAAGAUACAGGGCCUUGUGGUGGGAUUGAUGAGUUUAUUGAGAAUAUGUUAGAAGAGAUUGAGAAAGAUGGAAGUUACUUAGACUGGAUUAAAGAUAGUUAUGUGUUUGGAGGGUUGCUUGAGAAUCUGAUAAGAGAUAGAUUCAGAGAGAAAGCUGAGAAAGAAGAGAAGGAGAUUUCUUCUUGGAUCUCUAAUGGAGAACCUGAAGUUGAUGAAACUGGAGUUGCAGAAGAAGAGAAGGAAGAAAAAAUGGAUGUUAAGGAGACGAAGAAGAAGCUGGCUUCAAUGGUGGUCAAAAUGGAGUGGACUGAACAAGAAUCAACUGUGACUAAACGUGAUUGUUUCGGGUAUAGACAACGGUUGUAUUUGAUUGAGAAACUGACAAAACGACAUGAGGAUCUGAUGAAGAUGAGAAGAAAAGCUGUUAGAUUUGGAAUGGAGCUUUCGUUUCUUGUGGCGGAAUUUAUGUUUUUGAUACCUAAUGAGAUUCUUGCUGGUGAAACUGGAGAUUACAGUAUCUGUACAAAGCUAUUUGGGGUUAAUGAAGAUGAUAAGGGUACAAGUGUAAUCAUAGGAAAGCUCGAGGCAGUCUUUGAAAUAGUGAUUUGGAAGAAGGUAAGCAAGGAACAUGAUGUGGACCUUCCUGAAUCUAUUUUUCGGUAUGAUGAUUUCAUUCGUCUUUGCGCAGAUGCAACUCAAGCCUUGGGAAAGAUUGUUUGGGAUCUGAAAGGGAAACACUGUGAAAGACUCAAGCUUUCUGAUUUGGAUUUUCUGUUUGAAGAUUGCCAAAAAGUGUUGAUGAAGAUAGAACUGAAGCUAGCAGAGAUGAAGCAAUGGGUUUACAGAUCGGUUUCUGCGGAUUAUGAGUCGUUUUCGAAGUCAGAAAGGUCUGAUAGUUUUCUCAGAAUAAAGCUCAUGAAGAGGGUCAUAGCUGAUAACAGAUAUGGGAGAUCAGUGAUUGGAUCUUACUUAGUAGAGAUAUGGCAGUCUCUGUUUCAAGCAGAGGCAUUACAGGAGCUGUGAAUGAUUCGAAGCAUGAUUCUGGAUCUCUACUGUUCUUGGACCACAGAAUUUUUUUGUGCACUUUGAUUGGUACAUUUUGUGUAAAGUUUUUUUGCUCUAGAAAUCAAAACGAUGUAGGUGUUUAGUUCUUACACACGCUUUAUACGAAUGCUAAGAAUUUUCGCAUAUUGUAUCAUCACAAGUUAUCGAAAGCAAAAAAGCUACCCGCUAAGAACCAAUCCGCCCACUCUGAGUAAAAACCACAGAACCACGAGUCUUGUGACCGGCAAUGUUCUGUGGUGUUGCCUUGGAGGUUCGUGUACUCGUCUUGAACACGUCAAUGAAAAUAUCACGUUGGUUAUUACUAUAGCCACAACAAGAAUCGAACCUUGGAGUUUCUCAAGCUCAACAAGGAGUUUUAAACCUAGCUUUGAAACAAUCAUAAACUCCCAAAGAAUAAAGAACACAACAACUGUAUCUGCCAGAAAUGUGGAAACCUUGUGUAACAUGAAUCCAAUUUGUGGCAUACAUAGUCUAAAACACUCAGACAAAGGGUUAGAUCACCUUUGAAGAUUAAAUUUUUAAGUUAGCUUUUAAAUCAAGUGAUAACAAGGAUAAGCAACAUUACCCUAAAAAGAGUUAA